CUACCUUACAGAUGGCUACCCGGUUUGCAAAUUUAGCUCAAUAAUAAUUUAGUCUGGGGUGCCGUCAGUUGGUUAAAUUUUGCCAGACAUUGAUUUUUUUUAUUAAGAUGACGAUGACCUGGGUAACCUUGACUGUGACCUUGCUACUGGCUUUAAGGUUUAGCACAGGUCAGGAAAUUUGCAGUGAUGGGGAGAGAUAUUCGCCACAUCCGGAGUGCAAAUUUUACUGGGAUUGCCACUCCGGGGCGGAACCGGUUUUGCGGGAAUGCCCGGCAGAUCUGUUUUGGGAUACUAGAAUCACGGCGUGUAAUUUGCCGGAAAAUGUGCCAGAGUGUGUGGGUGGGACAAGACCACCAAUCACAACAACCACAAUUCCGACGACGACCCGCCCCACAACCACGACACGACCGACGACCACUAUUCCAACGACAACUGUAACAACGACGACAACAAGACCCACCACGACGACCCCAACGACAACGACGGCGUGUCCAAGACCGUGUUGUUUGAAUGACUAUGCGGACAUUGGAAGUAUGCCUUUUGAACCGAAUUUCGACCCAAUGUGGAAAUGUCUUAAUGGGAGCAGACUAGAGGGUGGAUUUAUGACCGGUUUCUCCACCAUGGAUUGGCAAUGUGACGUCACGGUUAUCACGCUCUCGGCCACGUUACGCCUCCGCGUCCCGCAUUUCUACUUGGAGACUAUGUACUCGGGAAUGAACGGAUAUCUCGACUUCCGCCCAUUUACCCAGGCAUGUCUCCCCUCCGGAAAUUUCACCGGGGAGGGGGCCGCCUACUUCGAGGUGACUGAUCUCUACUCCAACAUGCGCGUCCAGCUGUACGUCAACCUGAUCACGAAUGUCGUCAGCAUUCGCACCCUGACCAUUGAAGGCUUGACUUUUGACUCCAUUUUUAUCCAUCUCGGCCCCGAAUUCGUAAUUGGCGGGUCAACCGUGGACUGGGACGCGUUCAAUGAGAAUUUCCCGACCUGUUUCGCCACCCAGCUGGCGACGCAUAAGGGUCAGCUGCAGGAAAAGGUGAUGGUCUCGCUGAAUGGUAUCAUUACACAGUUUACGCUGCAAGAGUUUUUCGACCUAGUUUCGAGCGGAGAUUGUCCAAUUUGUUCGUUCAUGAGUAAAGCUGGGGAGAAAGGAUUGUUGUUUUAGAAUAAGGAUUAUUUCGUAGGUGGGGUAAUGUGAGAGGGUUGUGUAAUUUAUUUUUUUGGUUGUGUUUAGAAGUAUAUUUAUCUGUAAUAAAUAAAUAAUGAGGAAAUGGAAAGAAGAUUUA